UGAUGCUGCUGGAAAGCUGAGCCAAACGUUUCUCUGACUGCAGGAGAAAGUGGGGAUUCAGUAACGUGGCGCUGCAGCCUUUAAAAAAAAUAUACUACCGAGGAUGAAGGUAAAUGAACCAGAUUUGUGUUUAUGAAUGGGCUGAAUAACCGAUGGGCACGUCCCAUACAGCUGUAUGGCUAAUUCAUUGGUGAGCCUAUUACAGUAGCUUGGAUCAUUUAAGUUAAGGAGGCACUGAGCCAUGAAACUGUAUCUUUUACUCUUCCUGGCAGCGAACGGAGGGAUCUCAAGCCAUCGGCCCUUGGAAGAGUCGCCCUGUGAAAUGGUAAAGAUGAAGGCAUUUUGUCAUGGCAAAGAGCUUCAUCAAAUCCCUCCAGAGCUCCAUCCAAACAUAAAUAAAAUAGAUUUGUCUGGAAACCAGAUUAAAAAUAUCUCUGAGAAGCCACUGACAUUUUACACCUCGCUCCAGCAUUUGGAUUUAAGAUCCAACCAAAUAAGCUUCAUUGAGCCCGGAGUCUUCACAUACAUGACAAGCCUGGUGGAGGUCAUUUUAGCCAAUAACCAGUUAGAUGAGUUGGCUCAGCACAGGACACCAGGAGUUGGACUUUUACCAGAGAUCAGAACAUUGGACUUGUCCCACAACAGACUUUACAAUGGAAUGGCUGAAUAUUUUAUACACAAAGCACCAUCACUUCAGUAUCUUUCCUUGGCAGAAAACAGCAUUACCGUGAUAUCGCACAGGAUGUUUCAGGGGUCUCCAGCUCUUGUUGAGGUUGACCUCCACAGUAAUAUCAUCAUGGAAAUAGAAGAAGGUGCCUUUGAAACUCUGGUGCAUCUCACCAAGCUCAAUCUCUCCAUGAACUCGAUCACUUGCAUCUCAGAUUUCAGCCUCAGACAACUCCAGAUACUUGACCUCAGUAGGAACAGCAUUGAGACUUUUCAUGCCACGGAGUCAAAGGAAGAGUAUAACCUGAGGUGGCUGGAUCUUAGUGAGAACAAGCUACUGCGCCUCCCAGUUUUCCCCCAAGUGAACAAGCUGACGUAUCUGAAUUUAUCUAAGAAUUUAAUGCAGUUUACUGCUGACUCUGCUCACGACGAGGUGAACUAUAUAGAAAGAGACUGGCUGGAAGCUCCUUUUCAUCUUCUGGAUCCGAAGCAAAAUACAAACACAAGUUCUCUGUAUCUAUCCCAGCUUUUAUAUUUAGACUUAAGUUAUAAUGAGAUCAAGUCCAUCCCAAAUGAGUUCUUUGAGUCAAUGUCCUCGCUUCAGUUUCUUAAUCUCAGUAAAAAUUGCCUCCAGACGUUUGCAGUGAAUUAUGACAGUGCAUUGAUCUCACUAGCCAUCCUUGAUUUAAGCUUCAAUGCUUUGCAGAAUCUCUUACUAGAUGCCAGCACAUUGACUAAUUUACAGGAGCUCUACAUUCAAAACAAUCAUCUCCAGGCCCUGCAAUUUGAUAUCUUUGUGAGCCUUCCCAGCAUCAAAUUGCUUAAUCUCCAGAGUAAUAAUAUUAGCUUUUGCAGCAUGUAUUCAGGAUUAGCUAAACAAAGGCUUACUGGCGAGGAGAAUGGUUGUGUAUCAUUUGUUGACUUCCCUGCUCUUAGGUACUUAUACCUGGCUGACAACAUGUUGAAGAACUUACCAAUGUAUGCUUUUUACAAGACCUCACUAAUUCUCCUGGAGCUCUCCAUGAACCAAGGACUGAAAAUAGAGGCUAAAGCAUUAUCAGGACUUGAGACAUCUCUUGAGUAUUUGAAUUUACAUGGCAAUGGCAUGACAGUUUUAAAUAUUGACCUGCCUCGUUUUCAUCACCUUAAACAUUUAAACCUGUCUGAAAAUCAGCUGAGCUGGUUACCCAAGUGGGGUAGUGAUGCUUUGUUGGAAAUUCUGGAUCUACAGAAAAACAGUUUUAGUAAUCUACAGAGCAGUAACAUUUUAGCAUUAGAAAACUCUCUUAAAUACUUAUAUCUUGCUGGGAACCCACUCAGCUGCUGUGGAAAUGUCUGGCUCUCAUCUAUGAUUCAGAAUAAAAAUGUAGCGAUCCCUGGUGUAGAGCAGAUAACAUGCCAGUAUUCCAAGAGCUUUGGGUACCAAGAAGAAAUUUAUAUUAGCAACAUAAGACCAGAAGUCUGUGAAAAAGAGGAUCUAAAGAAAAUUAACUUGCUUAUUAUACUAACAGUUGCAUUAAUUUUAUCAGUGAUCAUCAUUGGACUGGGUUCAUUUUGUUGCUUCCGCAGACAAAAGUUUAGCCAGCAAUUUAAAGCAUAGCACACACACUAACUUAACGAGAAAUAGAAUCAGGUGCUACACCGAAAACAUGUAGAAAUGAAGGGUCAAAUUCUUGGCUUUGAUUUAACUGUGGAUUUUAGGCCAUCUUUUAAUCUGCUCUCAGUUGUACCAGCAUCAUUGGUUGGGGGUUGCAGCCACAAAAUAACCGAGAAGAGAAUUUGUCAUAUUUUGCACGUGUUCCAUGCUCAUGCAGAACUGUGAAACCUUGCUCAUCGGAAGCUGAGAAUCACGUAAAACUGCUAGUUUAGGGUUUGUGGAACUUAAACCAGCCAAAACUCUUUUGGGCACUACAGACUUUUCACUGAAAGGCUAAGCCAGCUUUUUGGUGCCUCUGGAUAGGGAGAAUCCCCUCACUCCCCAUGCCAAGGCUGCGUAUCAUGAUUUAAUGGUCAUUUGUGUACCAACACUUGGGGAUCUCAUCACAGCUGACAGGCAGGAUGACUCCUCAUGAACCUUUGCAAAACUUCCCAAACCCACAUGCUUCAGUGAAACCCAUCUCUUUGAUUUUGGGUUUUGCUUUGUCAUAACCGGUUUGAGGCAGUUCAACUCUUAAAGCUAAACUCAAGGGAAGAGAACGCACAUGACCCAGGACCAGUGAAAAACAAAGUCUGACCCUUCUCCCUUUGAGGUCAAUUGCAAAUCUCCCACUCAUUCCAAUGUGAACAGGAUUAGACUUGUGAUCUCAAAAACAGUAACUUCACACAGAUCUAUGGAGCUCAUGACAGCUGCCUAAGCAAUAUGGUUGUUUGUGAGGAUCAAACCAAGGAUCUUCAGUACCAGAACCACAGGUGUCCAACGCUUGUGUUAAAGGAGAUCUCAGUUAGUUAGUAGCAGGCUGUUACAUUCAACGGGACUAGCUACUACUGGGAGACAUGAUUACGCACAUGAAGCUCGGUGUAUUAUGCCUAUAUGACAAUAUGCGGUAGACAUUUGCACUGAGUAACACAGUUCAGCUCAGAGAGGAGGAAUGUCUCCACAGUGUGCAAUAUAUAUUUAUCUGGUUUUAAUGUGAAGAAAUUCAUUUCUUUGCCAAACACGUUAUUUAAAAAAAAUCUCCCUUAGAGAAUGAAUUUCAACCAGUAAAUAUUAGACCUAAAUGUUUAUUUGUUUAGAAACAGCAAUUUAACACACACUGCAUACGGUUAGAUCUCAAUGCAUGAAGUAUAUUAAAAAAAGUAUAAAAUAAAAUAAUUAUCCUCCACUAAUUGUCCUAGAUGGAAUUUUUUUUUUAAAUCUCAGGUGUAUAAAGGUCCAUGGAUGGCUUUGCCAAUUAACUUCAUAGGUCCUUUGCCAAGGACUCAGAAAGGCAACCAAUACCUCUUGGUGGUUGUAAAUCCUUUUUCAAAGUGGGUAAAGGCAUUUCCUCUACAGGCCAAUACUGCAAAAGCCACAGCGAGGGUCCUAGUAAAGCAAGUCUUCUCUCAAUGGGAAUCACAUUUUACUGGACAGUUCUUUAUGAACUGCUUUAAAUUAAUGAAAGUCCUGCAAAAACUACACAUGCCAUACAAACCACAGUCAUCUAGGAUGGUGAAACAAACCAAUCAAACUCUAAAAGUAAUGUUUCAAAAAACUGGUUAAUGCCAAUAGGCAUAACUGGAAUAUUCUCAUGCCUCCAAUUCUAGUAGGCUAUGUCUACUAAUAAAACAUCCUUUAAGGUAAUGACAGGCCAAAACAUGCAACUACCAAAACAUUUAAUUUGGCACACUAGUGGCACUCAAUUAAAAAAAAAAAACAAAAUAAAUGUGUACCUGCAAAAUCUGCAAAAUCGUUUAAAUCAGGUCCACUGCUAAAUUGGAAAAAUCCAAACAAAAGGCAACGGCUUACUUUAACAAAACAAACAAACAAAAAUACUUAAAAGGUUGAAAAAAACAAGUAAUGCUGUUAUCUUACACAAAGCACCAAAGCAAAGUGCAGAGAAAGUAAAUAAGGAAGUGUUAUUUACUCCUUCUCACAACACAAGAUAUAAGAACUAGGGGUCACCAAAUGAAAUUAAUAGGUAGCAAGUUUAAAACAAACAAAAGGAAGUAUUUUUUUCACACAACACACAGUCAGCCUGUGGAACGUCUUGCUAGACUAUGUUGUAAAGACCAAGACUAUAAUAGGGUUAAAAAAAGAACUAAAUACAUUCAUGGAGGAUAGGUCCGUUCAUGGCUAUUAGCCAGGAUGGGCAGGGAGGGUGUCCCUAGCCUCUGUUUGCCAGAAGCUGGGAAUGGGUGACGGGGUGGAUCACUUGAUGAUUACCUGUUCUGUUCAUUCCCUCUGCCGCACCUGGCAUUGGCCACUGUCAGAAGACAGGAUACUGGGCUAGAUGGACCUUUGGUCUGACCCAAUAUGACUGUGUUUAUGUUCUUCUGAAUCCAGGGCAAAAACUCCCUAAUCAACAAGGCAGAAUUUCCUAGUCAUGUAACAUGUUUAAUACUAGUGCCUGAAUCCUAGAAGUCCAUCUUCACAUGUACCCUACAUUGUAGCUUGAGUCGGGCAUCUUCCUCUGAAGAACAGAAGAAAAUCCAAAUAUCCCUAAUGUAAAUCAAAGGUGGGAUUUACAAAGGCCUGCAGCAUUAGCCUAACCCAGCUCCCAUGAAAAUCAACAGAAGUUUUACUAUUGACUUAAAUCUGCUCUGCUCCUUUUUAGGCCAACACUGGCACUUUUGAAACUGUUCGAUUCUGAAGGCCUGAUUCUGAUCUCACACCAGAUUUACACUAUGGCUGAGGUCACUAACACCUGAUUUACACCUGUGUCCAUGAGACAGGAGGGUAGAGAGCAGAAGAGUUUUUCUAAGGCCAUGUCUACACUACCACUUGUCAGCAAAACGUCUAUCGCUUAGGGGUGUGGGGAAAAAAAAACACUCCUGUGAGAGACAUAAGUUACUCCAGCAUACAUGGUAGUGUGCACAGUGACAUGUUGGUGGGAGAGCUUCUCCCACCAGCACAGCUACCACCAGUCAUUGGGGAUGGUUUAAUUAUAUUGACAGGAGAGCUCUCUCCCAUCCGCAUAGAGCAGCUACAUGGGAGAACUUGCAGUGGCACAGCUGCAUCAGUACAGCUGUGCCACUGUAAACUCUCUAGUGUAGACAUACAUAGCCUGGGGCUAUGUCUACACUGGCAAUUGCACAGCAAACCUUUUGUCAUUCAGAGGUGUUAACCCCUCCUCCCAAAAGACAAAAGUUUUGCUGCAGAAAGUGCCAGUGUGAACAGCGCUUUGUCGUCAGAAGCGCUCUCCUGCCGACAGUGCCAACGCCGCUCAUUGGGACUGGAAGUAUUUUGUCGGCAAUGAGCCAACAAACAGCGGCUACGCUGCCCGGCUUCUAGCGACACGGCCGUGUCACUAAAAGCUGAGUAGUAUAGACAAAGCCUAAAUGUAGAAGAAUGUACCACAUCUCAGAUCCUUGUUCACAAGCCCUGUUGACUCCCCCAAAGAAGUAUAGGAUCAUGAAGAAAGAAUUAGGUCCUGAGUUUGCAAUGGGAGUAAUCUGGCCAGCCCAUUAUGUUUAUACAUGAAGUAUAUAAAAGGAAAAACAGAAAUAUUUCAUAUACUAUACUAGAAUAUCAAAUUCAUCCCCAUUUGAAGAAAUACCUAUGAACCAAAAGUCUGACCAACUCCUAGUGAAGUCAAGGAGAAUCUUUCAAUUGACUUCUAUAGGAGUUGGAUCAAGCCCCAAGACACCACACAUAUGUCAGUGCAAACUGUUGUGCAUUAUAGCAUAUAAGGAUCAAAUGCUCAAAUAGCACUGGAGAGCUAACUGAAAUCUACCCCAGUAAGGAAAUUCAGAUUUAAAGUGUUGUUCUGCUCCCAACAUGCCUCAUUUUUUCCCAGCCACUGAAUGUCAAAAGUAACACACUACAAAUAGUUGUAUCAUUCUGUUUUUAAAAGUAAUUCUGUAAGAAACAGUGUUGUAGGAUUUGUACAACAGAAUCAUCUUCGGGCUCUGUAAAAUAUUUAGAAAUGUGAAUAUAUUAAAGCAACAUUUUGUAAUA